UGUUUCCAGAUCUACGAUUCAGAGGGAACGUUACAGCACUUCAUCGAUGGUAAUGAUCCCAGUAAAUCCAGCUGGAUGAGGUAUAUUCGCUGUGCGAGACACUGUGGGGAGCAGAACAUGAUGGUUGUACAGUACAGAUCCUGCAUCUUCUACAGAGCAUGUAUGGACAUCCCCAGAGGAACAGAGCUGCUGGUUUGGUACAACGACUCCUACACCUCGUUCUUCGGUAUCCCGCUGCAGUGCAUCGCCCAGGAUGAAAACUUAAAUGUCCCAGCCACAGUGGUGGAGGCCAUGACGAGGCAGGAAUCCCUCCAGUCCUUCAGCAAAAACGGCAAACCCUCUUCCUCGUCCUCUUCAUCAUCCUCCACUCCAUCCUCCACCCUCAUGCGCUCCAUGGUCUUCCCCCACUCCCCCUGCCCUCGGAGUUUCUCCCUGUUGGAUAAGGUUGGGGUUCAGUCGGACUCCAGUUUUGGCCAGUUGGGGUCAAAGAACCAGAGAGUCCUGGCAAGUCCCACAUCCACCAGCCAGCUUAGCAGUGAGUUCAGCGACUGGCACCUGUGGAAAUGUGGCCAGUGCUUCAAGACCUUCACCCAGAGGAUCCUGCUCCAGAUGCAUGUCUGUCCGCAAAAUCCUGACCGGUAA